GUUGGGUCAUUUCACAAGAUGAUCUCGGCGCUUGGAUGGAUCCCGCGUGGCGCGGCGAAGCGCACGCCGGACAAGUUCGUGCUCUCGAAGGAAGAGAUCAACAUGAUGACGCAGCUGGCGGCCGAGCAGGACGAAGAGGACGCGGCUGAGCUCGAGGGCGACGAUGACGAGGACGACGAGGACAUGGAGGGCGGCGACGCCGACAUGGGCGCCGAUGACGACGACGACACGGAGCUGCCGGAAGGCUUCAAGAUGGACGAGUACGACGAAGAAGACAACGAAGUGGCUGUCAAGGAAUACCUUGGCGGCGAAGGCGCGGGCGGCGCCGGCGACGACGACGAGAUUGAAGACGAACUUGAAGACGAAGAAGAUGCGUUCGACGACGACGACGAAGACAAGGAAGACAUGGAGAUCCGGUCGACGGACGCAGUGCUCAUGGUUGCGACGACCGAAGAGGACUUUAGCAACCUCGAAGUGCAGGUCUACGAAGAAGAGACGGGCAACUUGUACGUGCACCACGAAAUCAACCUGCCUGCGUUCCCGCUCUCGCUCGCGUGGAUGGACAUGGCGCCGAUGCUUCCGGAGAACGGCGCGCCCGUCAACGGCAGCUUUGUCGCCGUCGGUACGUUCAAGCCCGGUAUCGAGAUCUGGAACUUGGACGUGCUCGAUGUGCUGGAGCCGACCGCGACGCUCGGUGGCGAAGAGAACGCGUCGCUUCGCGAUGUGGCCGUGCCCAAGGCCAUGCGCAAGAAGCACAAGAAGGCGCAGCUCAAGCCUGGCAGCCACGAAGACGCAGUCCUCGGCCUCGACUGGAACGCAAGCCACCGCAACAUGCUUGCGAGUGCUUCCGCCGACGCGACGGUCAAGAUCUGGGACAUUACGACGCAGCAGUGCAUGCACACCAUGUCGCACCACACGGACAAGGUGCAGUCGGUGCGCUGGAACCCGGUCGAGGCGACCGUGCUCGCCUCCGCGUCGUUUGAUCGGUCGCUUGUCGUCCUCGACGGUCGCAACCCGGGCGCGUACUCCAAGUUUGCGCUCUCGGCCGACGUCGAGUCGCUGCAGUGGCACCCGCACACGCCGUCGGUUCUUGUCGCGUCGUCCGAAGACGGCUUUGUCGUCGCGUACGAUGUGCGCAUGAACAACGGGUCGCCGCUCUUCCGCUUCCAAGCGCACCAGGCCGCGGUCUCGGCCAUCUCGUUCUCGCCGCUCAUGCCGGGUCUCUUUGCGACCGCGUCGGUCGACAAGCACGUCAAGAUCUGGGAUCUCGCGGGCAACAGCCCGGUCUGUGUCGCGUCCAAGGACAUGAACAUUGGCGAGCUCAUGACGCUCUCCUUUUACAAGGACUCGCCGUUCUUGCUCGCGACCGGCGGCUCGAACGGCAUGGUCGCGCUCUGGGACACGACCGAGAACGACGCGGUCGAGCGCAAGUUCACGUCGCGCAUGGCCGGCCACCAGCAAGGCGUCGCGCCGGCCGUCGAGUCGAACCUGAACCUCGGCGCGUCCUUCAAGACCGCGUACGACCUCGGCGAGGAGCUCAUCCGCGAGGAGGAAGCGGCCAAGGCCAGCGCGGCGCCCAAGUCCAAGAAGGGCAAGAAGGCAGGGAAGAAGUAAUUUUAAAGAGCUAAUAGAACAAGACAUUUAUAGUACU